AUGGAAGGCGACCGAGAGGGGUCCGGCGGCUGCUCUCCGCUUCUGGCGGCCUCUCCGCCGUCUUGCCCGGUGCCGCCUCUUUACGUGGAGUUGGAAGUGGCGGCCAGCUCUGAAGCAGGUCCUGUGGCGGAAGGAUCGGCGGAUGGAGGUGAAUCAGCCGAGGGGCGUAACUCGGAGCCGACGGAGGUUUCACCGAUGCCUGUACCUCCACGACAGUCUCCUCUUCUUCCUCCCUUUUUGGACGGAGAGGAGGCCAAGGAAGUGACUGUGGAGGAUGCCGAUGGUGGUGGAUUGCCGGUGGUAGAGGCUUCUGCAUCAGCUCCGGCCGAUAUUUCUCAAAAGAUCGUGCGCCAGGUGAAGGAUCAAUGCUCGCCUUGCAUUUUCCCGCUGUCCUUAUGAUACCUUUUUUUUUUGGCGUGAUAUCUUUUUCAAAAUGGUGAAGUCAUAGCAGGAAAAUAUGCCUUCAACCUCAUUCAGAGUAGUUUCUAUUUUUUUUUUUCAGUUUAUGCAUUUCUGGUUCAGCACUCAACCUAAAUUGAAAAGUAGAGCUCUUCGGACGGCUGCUAUCCCUUGUUUCUGCUAUCGUGUCUUUCUUUUAUCUUUUUUUAAAUGAAAUAUCUCCCUGGAAGUCGGUGAUACUUAGUUUAGAGUCUCGGAAUCAACAUAAAUGCUUCAGUACGAUCUGUGCGGUAUUUCCUUGCUUGCAAUCGGCUACAUUACAAACAACAUUUGCCUUGAUGUUACGUUCUGCUGUUUUGUACGGUUGGUUUCUAAAAUAUAAUUACCAUUUUUCGCUCCGAUUUUCUCUCAUGAAGCAUUCCUGUUUCCAAAUGAUGUGUGGUUUCGCUACGACUAACAGUAAGUGGCAUGAAUGUCUUGGCGAGACCUUUCUUCUUGUGCCUUGGUUCUAUCUAAAGCUUUCUACAAUUUUAGUGCGGACUCAUGGAGUAAUGUUUUAAUAUGCUGUCAUUUCAUUGACAUGAAUCACAUAAUAGCUCAAAACUUUGGCUUCAUAUCUGGUAAACAUUUUCUUUCGAUUGACCUUAAUUUUCUGUGGGAAAUCUUACAGCCUCAUUUUGAGCGGUAUGACCAUUUUUUAAUCUCCCAAGCUUAAUUUCCAAUAGUUCGAUAUAUGUGGAUGCAUGCUUGAAAAUAAUAUCCUCUUUUGUCGUAGUAGACAAGGAGAUGUUCCAAUUUGUUUUUGAUCAAGUGUUUUAUGCUAUCUAUUUGUUAAACAUGGAGAAAAACUGUUAGAAUCUUAAAGGUAUAAAUGCCCUCUGUGGAAGUUAGAUUGCUACUCGUGUUAUCCACCAAGAAUGUGCAUACCGAAAGUAUCACUAGUAAAUAUAGUAUAAAAUGUAGAAUAGAGUAUAAGAAGAUGAUGCCAUUGGGAUUUACAUAUGGUGAAAAAUGUAGAAGAGAUUAUAGGAAGAUAAUGCCAGAUUUACGUAUAGUGAAAAAUUUAGAAGAGAUUGUACGAAGAUAAUGCCGCUGAGAUUUACGUAUAGUGAAAAAUUUAGAAGAGAGUAUAAAAAGAUAAUGCCACUAAGGUUUAUGUGGCUUGGAGGGAUUCUUCUAUAUUCAGUGAGAAAGGUUGAGAGAUCUCACUCUAUAGAAACUAGUAUGAAAGAGAAGAGAACCUUGUAUGGACAGAAUGGAACUCUUAUCCAAGCUGAUUACACCAAUCUAAUUACUUCCUCUUCCAAAGGUGAUUCCUAAGUAGUUUUCUGGACUCCACAAUCUCUGUGAACAAGAAGCUGAGAGUAAAGGAAUAAGUAAUCCAAAACAUCAAAUGCGCUGCCCCCGUCUGUCUACCCAGUGGAGGGAGGGAGGGAGGGAGAGCCUUAUCCUGCUUUCUGUAACAGUUAUUAUUAUUAAGGUCUCAUGAUAUUUACAGAAAUAGCAGAAGGCUUUAAAUGAGAGGAAACACAAAAUUAACAUCAGUUGAAAGAAAAAUCUAAAUUGUCAAUGCCUCUGAUUUUGGGUGAUAAUGUAUCAUCUGAUCUGUACAAACUUAAUGUCUUUUCUGUCUUGGAAACCUUAAAAAAUGUGCAUAAAUUGGUUAUUUCAGGUGGAAUAUUAUUUCAGUGAUGAAAACCUGCCCACGGAUAAGUUUAUGUUGAAGUACGUGAAGAAGAACAGAGAAGGAUAUGGUAAGCCUCAAUGAUUUUCCGUUUGCCCUUUCAGGUUUUAUGUUAAUUGCCUUUGCAGUCCAGGAACCGCUAUUUCCAGUUUUUAGAGCUCAUUACAUGCGUUAACAUCAAGCAUCUUCCUGAUAAAUUUCUAGUUAUUUUUCCUGAGAAGAAUUAAGAAGAUACGAACUUCAUGAGAGCAUAUUAUUCGUAAACAGGCUGAAGACAUUGUGGUGACAUGAAAAAGUCUUUUGUGGUUUCUUAUAUUUGUAGUUGGAGACGUAAAACGAGCCUAAGGUUCUUGCGCACUUGCAACAUAUCAACUCAAAAUUUGAAAGUCCGUCAUAGUUGCUAAAUUUAUUCUUCUAAAUGUGCAUCAUCUCUGUCCAUGCACAAAAAUGUAAGUUGGGAGACGAUGAAGACCGCAUCAUGAUGACCCCAUAUGUGAUGACUGCUGCCCAGUGAUGUGCUGGAGGUGGCUUGCUAUCAUAUUGAUGUGUGGAACUGAUUUACUCCUUACUCAUCUGAGUCUACCCUUGUUAUCGUUUUAUGAUUUGUUAUGAUCCCUUUCCUGGGCUUCCAUGACUUCGAAACGAAUCCACAGAAGGUGUAGAAUAGAGAUGAAGCUGAUGAGAUGAAGCAGGUACUUACGACAGAAAUCCCAAGCUAGAAGUUUUCCUGGUUCUUCUGCUAUAUACAGCUGUGCCGAGCUUCUAGUUUGGAUCCAGAUUGUCUGAACUAGAUGCUUACCCUGGUGCAGCUGGAUUGUGGUUGUGCCGAACUCCUAGCUUGAUUCUGUAUGACUAUGCAAUAACUGCUAUCUGAUUCAUUCUCUGUUCCCCGAAGCACGGCGCAAAUUCUUCCUUUUUGUCGCUAUUUUCUCGAGUUAAGUCCAUAUCUACAUAUUUUCUUGCUUGUUCUUUUUUUACUGGCGAUGGGUACCUGUCCCUUUCUGGUGACCUUCCAGUUGGUUUUUCCUAUUAUUUUUUGUGGUGGAAAGCGUUUCUGCCCUCCUCCUGAAAUCAUUGUUGAUAUUUUUCCUUUUUAUUGUUACUUCACUCUUUCUUACAUUUCGAUGCAUUAUUCUACAAAGCGAAAAAUCUGAACCAUGAUCAGGUUUUAUGCCAAAUGCUCUCUGUCUCGGGUUAACUAGACCAGUUAAUCUCGAAUCUGCAAUUCCGAUGAUCGCCAACCUUGACCAAAACUGGUCAAAUACUGUUCAGAGGCGGGUUGAGCUGAACGGGGAUAUCUUUAUCCAAAUAUAUUCGUUUUGAGACAACAAUAUAAGAUAGCAAUUGAAUACUGGUUUUGGGUUCGUUCAAUAUCUUCAUGCCACACCCGUUCAAGUUUUCUUUCUCAUCUUCUUGGCGGUUUCAGUCCCCAUUACAGUGAUUGCAUCCUUUCGGAGAAUGAAAAAGCUUGUUCAAAAUGAUGCUCUCAUAGCCGCUGCCCUCCGGACAUCAUCCCAGCUUGUGAGUCCCCCCGCAAUCUACACCAUCUAUUUUGAGAUGCACCGCGUCUCAGUGCAUGAACGAGUUCAUAGGUUUCUUUGUGUAUGCAGGUUGUUAGCGCGGACGGGAAGAGGGUGAGACGAUUGCACCCACUUCCGGCUCCUGAUGCUGAGGACAGAAGGGUAUUUUUACAUUGCCUUCUUCUCUCGAUUUGUCGGAAGCUGUCGACUAAUCUUUUCUUCUACUGAUUGAUCUCUCAGCCGUGCACCGUUUUGGUGGAGAACCUUCCAGAAGACUGUUCGGUGGAGAGCCUGCUGAAGACCUUUGGCGGCUCUGGCAAGUAUGCUCUGCUUCCUCCACCUUUAAUAUACUAUGGCGAACCCUCAAAACUCUUUCCCCGUAAGUAAUAAAUCAGCAUCAUGAGAGUUGUGCAUGUUAUCUGCCAGAAUCAGGGACAUCUCUAUUCGCGACCCGCACAGUAAAGAUGAGCCGAAGAUCAGCGGGAAGGUGUCAUCUCCCGUGUUUUUGUGUUCAUCUGAAACUCCAAUUGGAAAGAAGAAGAGAAAACAAUGUUUUCCAGUUUUCCUGCUUCUCAGGGCAAUGCUCCUCUUUUCCUUCUCAGGUGCACGCGCUGGUCGAGUACGAGACCCCUGAUGCAGCUGAGCGUGCCGUAAGACACGGGGAUCCAUUCAUUUUCUUCCAGAAAAUAUAUGCCGGGCUUUGAUCUCAGCGUCGGGGGAGGGAUUGGGAGUUGACUGUCUAGUGUUUCUGGAUGGAUUUAGGUGGCGGUUCUGAAUGAUGAGAAAAACUGGAGGAGCGGAAUGCGGGUGGAGCUCCUUCUCAAGCGAAUGGUAUUGAAUCAUUCCCCCCGCCCCCCCGGUGGUCCACCUCCCCUCCCUCCCUUAGCUAACCAUUUCUGCUCGUUCAGGAGAAGUUCGGGCUCAUAUCGAGAGUCCGCCGGCCCGGUGCACCACCCGCUGAGAAGACUGCCUGCGAUGGACCUGCCGUCGGAGAGGGUGUUGGCCCAGAGGGCCCAGUUGAGGCCGCCGGCCUGGAGGUGUGCCUGCUGUAGGAUCUCUUUCUCCUCGUCUUCGAAGAACACCACUCAUCAUUAAAUUGACGCCUCUCGUCCCCUCCAAAUCCAGGCCGGACGAAGGAAGCAACGAGGGAAGGGCGGCCAGAGAAGCUACGCAGCCGGCCGCGGUACCCACUCGCCAUCUCCAUCGUCUCCGAAUUGGUUCUUCUGCCCUGCAUUUUGAGAAGUUUUUCUCUUUUUCUGCGGCGCAGGCGUCGAAGGCCCGAGCAAACCCCCCACGGGGCCGAGGAUGCCCGACGGGACCCGGGGCUUCGCCAUGGGUCGUGGCAAGCCCCCGCCGUAGCUCCGGUCGACAAACUCCGCCAGAUUUCCGCCGUGAAGCUUGGGUCUCCCCAGGCUCUGUCUCACGCUGUUCAGGGGCGACCCCAGUUUGUUUGGUGGUGUAAAAGGGUUUUUUGUUAAUAGGCGUGUUCCGGUCCCGCCUGCUCUCUGCUGGCCGUUUGAUCUCCGCCGAGACCGGCCGCGGACGGGGGCCCCGUCCGAACCGGCCCGGACUAUCUUUUUCUCUCACGUCAACGGCCCUCGCCCGCUCAGCCGUCGUCUUCAGCGCGGGUCCUCCCUCUCCCCUCGGCCCCGCCGGCGGCGAAAGGCCGCGCGCACGCCGUCUAGAAUACAAGGUCCGACGGCGGCAGGCCGAUCUCUGCUUCGGUGUUCGGCCGCGGCAGGCCGAUCUUCAGUCUCCCCUUCUCUCCCUUCCCCGUCGACUCCGAUGCGGUCUCUCCGGAGCCCGUCCCCGUCGCUUCCUUGCCCUCCUUCCGUCUGCCCCAGCGCAUCCUGUCGCAGCGCACUUGCCUCACCGUCCUCGUCUUCCGCUCGUGUCUCCGCCGGCAGGAGCCCCCUGAGGUCCUCUCGUGAUAUCGAGGUUUGUAUGGUCUUCUCACGCCCUGUCAUUCGCUCUCGAACUAGGAACCAAUUGGUUCUCUCGUUGCAGCUGCGGGGCUGGUGUUGGAGAAGCCACAGAUGGAGCUGCGAUCGGCGGCUCUUCUCCGCCUGGCCGAUUGCAGCAGCGGCAGCAGCGGACGAUGUGCUCUACUGGCUCUCGCUCCUUAUUCCCUCCCUUCCGUCCGGACACGCGGCCGUUUUCGUGACGCCUCCGCUUCUCUGAUGCUCUUCAGGAUUUUGCGUCGGCUCCUUCGUUUCUCGACGAGAGCAAUGAUCUGCUCGGUAGCAAGCCGUACAUACUCUCCUCGAGCGAGGGCGAGGAGAGCGACGUGGAGCUCAUGGUGAACCCAAAUGGCGACCUCGAGCUGCCCACCAGCAAGGACAAGCGGGAGACACCUGAAGCUGCGCUCACUGUGGCAGCGCACCGGAUUGCGACUCUAAGGGAUGGCCGUCUGAGGAAAGGGUACUCGUGGUUGACCGCAUAAACCUAUGGCAUUUCCUUUCCUUCUGUGGAAAUUUUAAGCGGGUCUCCGAAAGCUUUUGAUCUCGCUGAUUGAUAGAACAUACAAACUCCUGUCGAAAUCGUUAUUAGAAUAAUCCUGGGUUAUCAUUGCCAUACCUCUCUACAUUCUGCAUUUAUAAAUUCCAUGUCAUUUCUUUCUCUCCAAGUCGACAUACUUUUGGUGGGGAAAUGUAUGCAAACAUUACUAGUUGGAAUGAACUGUGCUCGUGUUCCUAUAGGGUGGGAAUUGUUGUGCAUGAUUAUGACUCUAACGCAUUCAAUGUUUGCCAGAGUCAAUGCAAGAUAUGCCAUAGUUUUUUCUAUUCAUGUCGUUUUCAAAAACUGCACUUUGGCCAGCUCGAAUUUCCUUUUCUUAAUUAACCAGCAUUUUUUAAUCUGUUUUAACAUGGUCUAUUGGUUUACAUUUUCUUCUGCAGAACUGAAUUCGGUAAUUAGAUAGGCCUUACAUUCUCGUUGCAACCUUCCAUUAUUUGGUUUUCCUGAUUUGAAUCAUGAGGUCCAAAUGGGUUUAUUAGACGGAAUUAUUGGUUCUGGAUUUUUAACCAUCUCCCUUGGUUCUGGAAUCCACUGGCACGAGGACUCCCGUGUGCUUGGUAGCGCCACUCUGUUAGUAGUUUUUAGCUGUUUGCAGCGAGGCAUCACUUUUUAACUCUGUAAAUUUUUCAUGCUCUUCUAAGUUGGUGUUUGGUGCGGCAAACCUGCCAUAUUAGUAAACUAUAGUUUGCUGAAAGUCUAACCUGUUUUUUGUAACUCAAAAAAUUUGAUAAAUAUUGUUUGUGUUUCGGACUAGGUAAUAAUAGGCUGUAGAUUGAUCAUGAUCGGUGGGCUUUUCCCAACACUACUUGACACAACGUCAUGGAUUCAUUUUUAUUAAUUCUUCACUCAUAUAGUUUGUCUGGAUGAGUGCACUUCUUGUUUAUUAACCAAAAUAGUUGUUGUGUAGGUCUUCUUUUUUGAUGAAUGAUUUUUUCAUGCCUGAAUGUAUCUGACCUCUAGAAAUAAAUUUUUUGGUGCAUUUUCAUGAUAGCAUGGCACCCUAUCUGCAUGUCUUUUCUUUUUUGACAGGUCCGUGGCCUAAAUCGAUUCUUUUAUGGCAGAAUUCAACCUGGAGUCUGGCUUAACCUGGCACUAGUCGCUUUCUUGGGUGUGCUUCUUUUAUUUGUGGACUGGUGGUCUUGGCGGGUUGUUAGAUUACCACUUGAACCAUUUUACUUUAUACGUCCUUUCUGUAUUUCUGCCCUCUUGACAGCAUUGGGGGGAUAUCUUUAUGUUCCAUUGGUUCAUUGGGUGAGAAUCCAUCAGGUCUUUAGGGAAGGGCCCAGUAUGCACUCUUCCAAAAAGGGAGCUGUUACGAUGGGCGGGCUUUUCUUCAUUCCAAUUGGUGUUUUAGUCGCAGGAACAACCACUGGGUUCUCUUCAGCUGUGGUUUUUGGGUCUGGAGCAAUCACUUUUGUUUUUCUAGUGAUUGGAUUGCUUGAUGAUGCCUUAAACUUUGUCAAGAAUCGCACUUAUGGAUUGCCGAGAUGGAUUAAACUCAUGCUGCAGGUAAAGGUAUUUUUAGAAAAGGUUUAUAUUUUUCCAUGCUGUCUUUUUCUUGAUCAUUUUUAGCCUUCAUUUUGGUUUUCCGAACAGGUGGCUGGUGGGGCUUGCUUUUCCUUUUGGUUUUGUGUCUCAGAAAUGUCUUCACGGUACAACAUGUAUGCUCUUCUCGCAAACAUUAUGGUCAUUCUGGUGAUAUGCACUAUGCAUUUUAUAGAGUUUCUUCUAUUGUUUUGAAUUACGAAAUGGAGUUCUAUACUAAGGCUGUGCCAGGACUUGGUUCAGAAUCUAAGGCUGUAGUAUUGACUCAGGAUUUGCAUAGUCUGUGGGCAUCCUGUGUAAAGUCCUGUGCAUCCAAAAGAUUUUGAUGAGAAACAGAUUUGCUGAGUCUAUUCUAAAUUAGUGAACAACCUGGAUCAGGAGACUUUGCUGGGUCUUAUGAGGUUUGAAGCGAGUGUUUCCUUGACUUAGAAUGGAUCAAUUUGUAGGAUGCCAUUUCUGAGCAGUUUAUUAUUGUCAUGAAAAGUGGUGCAGAGGAAAAACUCGACUUGUAUUCACAUCAUGGAUGACUGUUAUAUAAAAGUACCGGGGCCACAAAAAAAAUGAAACUGUCUAGCAACUAGGAAACUGAGAAACUAAGAAACGGUCCAACUAAGAACCAAACUCCUAAUUAUACAUUCUUUCCCACAAUCAUUAAGUUUUAUAUUAGUUAAUAUUUUUCGUGAAAACAUGAAUUUUUCUUACUGUUAUAUCAUUAAAAACUAUGAAGUUUUUAUUUAUCCAGAUCAUUUAUUAACGGGGAUUUUUCAGAUUGGAAGUUUUGUUUAGGCCUCUUCCACUCUUCCUCAUUGGAUUCAACUUUGUGAUUUAGUUCACUGACGGAGCCUCCAGGAAUUACUACAAUACUGGAUCCAUUGUAGGAAGUACUGUGUAAAAUUUUUAAUCUGCAUCCAGGACCGGUCUAGACUAGCUCUGUUCUGAUUCACACUGCUCGGACCCAGCUGUAUGCGAAUAAUUAAAAAAUGAAAACAGUAUGAACAUACAGUAGACCUUAAUAAAUAUGAAUAAAAAUUCAACACAAUCAAUGAUAAAAUGAUAGAUUAAGGACAACACUAGUUUUGUUUUGUGAUAAACUCUCUCAGGAAAGAUAUCAGAUUUGUGGCCAUUGGAAAUAUCUGAAGAAGUUGUUAUAUAAUACCAGAGCAAGACAUUGAACCUUAUCUUCUCAUUUCUUGCUCCUCUUCCACCGUAAAAUUAUCAGUAAUUUUGACCAUUUUGACUAUCGAGAGAUGACAACGAUUUUUAGUUUGGUCUUGUAUAAAAUAUAAAUUUAGAGAGGGAUAAAUCCCUAGUUUUGAUAGAACCGAAAGAAACAAAGGAGGGAGUGAGAUGAAUCUUCUGUUCUGAGGGACAGAGUGGAGGAGCGGCAGAAAGACACCUCAGGUCUUUCUGUCACCCACUAUGUCCCUUAAAUAGGGACAAACUCUAACAUUUUUCUCAAAAUAUCCUUUAACCUAAUUACCCUUAUACCUUUUAACACUCUCCCUUAGGAUGAACUUUGGAAAAGUUCAUCUUGAUUAAGUUGUUGUUGAUGUUAGUACCUGCCCUUACAAUGGUCCGUGGUAGCUCCCUUGCAAUGGUGUUGAAGAGCUCCUCAAGUAGGCUGAAAGCAAGCUCCCUCAAGUAGGAGUGAUGCCACCUUGAACAUAGGAAAUGGUUGACUGGAUGUAGACUCCUCUAGAUAGGAGUUGCGUUACCUUGAACAAAGACAACAGUACUUAAACAAGGCUCUGCCAAAUAGGAGCAACGCUACCGCAAAUACGAGCAGCAAUAUUGGAAACAAGGCUCCCCUAUAUAUGAGUAAUACUACCUCCAAUAAGGGCAGAAAUAUUGGAAACAAUGCUCCACUAGAUAGUAGAAGUGCUACCUCUAAUAAAGGCAGCAAUAUUGGAAAUAGGGCUCCACCAGAUAGAAGUAAUGUUACCUCCAACAAAGGCAGUAAUAUUGAAAACAAGUCUCCCUUAGAUAGGAGCAAUGCUACCUCUAAAACGAGCAAUAAUGCUGGUGGUAUCACAGCAGCAGUGCCAGUUCACGCCCGCGAAUGCCUUCAGAUAAGGAUGAAACCCUAAGACUAUAGCAGUGUCAGACAAGGAUUGACACCAUAUUUAGGGCUAUGUUGGACUGUUGAAGGGGAUGACAGUGGUGGUGGUGGCGGUGGUGAUGGCACUAGCGGCAGACGAGAGAUGCUUGACAAAGCUGAUGCUGAAUAGAGGUGGUGGUAGCAGUGACGACAGUAGUGGUGGAAGCGGCACUAGGGUUUACCUAGCCUUGUUACCAUGUAGAAAACAUAAACAUAGAGAUGGAGAAUAUCUUAGCUUUGACAGAACAGAGAGAAACAAAGGUGGGAGAGAGAGGAAUCUUCUUUCCUGAAAGAAAGAGAGGAGCAGUGGAAAAACACCUCGUCUUUCUCUUACCCGCUAAGUCCCUUAAAUAGGGAUAAACCAUAGCAAUACUUUAUCCAAAAUACCCUUUAACCUAAUUACCCUUAUACCUUCUAACAGACCUAUACGGGAUCACCAGUUGACUCAUCAAGAACAUUUCACUUCAUAGUUUUUAAGUUGCCUAAAAUUGGUUGCUACACAGGGUAUCUGGAUGACCAUGACACCAGAGCACCUUGGCCAUUUGUUUACUUUAAGAUGGUUGCAAUUUGUGCACUUACAUCUAGCAUGAAUUGUGGAAUAGUUUUGGAAGUUAUCAUUUAAGUAGAGUGAAUAAUAGAGACAACGGAAUAGUAGGACACCCUGGCUCGGUAUUCUAGCACUGAGAAAAAAACCUUGCUGCUCAACCAGGGGGAGAACUGUUUACUUGAUUGAUUCAUUUUCAGGGGAAAACCUGGUGUCUAGUGCCUUCCAUGGGAAACCCCAGCACAAUUGUGCCUUUUGCUUUCCUAAAAUAUAGUUUGAAGUGCACACCAUGUCUUAACCACAUUCGGUCCCUGACAAUAUAGUAGCAUAUUUUGAAUCGCUUUUUCACAUUAGUUUUCUUAAUAAAAUUGGUUGAUGCAUCAUUGCUCUGUCCUCAUUGAGACUGUAUAUUAUCCUUUCAGAACUUGAUACUCUUUUUAUGUACUAGUGAAGUGAUGAUUUUGCUUUAGUUAAUUCGUUGCUUAGUUGAAACUUAUUGUGGAUUGAUUCAGUAUGGUUUGCAUCAAAGUCCUUAAAUCAAUGUAUGAAAGAUACAAGUCAUUUUUUAAUUUUCAUAUUUUAUCUUUUUUAAUUCUUUAUUCCUCUGCUGAUUACCUUCCCUUAUUUAAUGAAGGAAAUUCGUGGUUCCCUUGCCUCAACCUCUUGGCUUGGUGUACUUGGGAAAAUUCUACUUGCCUCUUAUAACAUUUUGUUUUGUUUCCAUGGGAAAUGGAGUAAAUUUGACUGAUGGCCUUGAUGGCUUGGCUGGAGGGACAAGUGCAUUGGCUUUCAUAGGGAUGUCUGUUGCUGUCCUUCCAAUUAAUCCUGGUAGGGGUUAUUAUUUUUAAAAAAAUCGUAAUUCAAUCCUUUUCUUUUUUCCCUCAUGGACUGUAGACCAAUUUGAUGUAGUGCAAACGUUUGCUUUUGUGUAUGUAUUAUUAUUGUUAUAAAUGUAAUAAUAAAGUAGCUGCGGAAUUUUUAUUGAAUAUGACUACCAUGUUAAGAAAAUUUGGAUAAUCCUUCUGAAGUUCUCUGUUUUUCUUUUGCCCACUGCAGAAGAUAGUAAGAUUCACAAUAAGAUUCUCUGUUUUUCUUUGACGCUAGUAUUUUUGAUAGAUUUUUGGUGAACGCUUCACAAUAAAUAACCUAUGUCUGCAUAAUUUGCUUUAUAUUAAAGUAUUUGUAUUUGUUGGAUUAUAGCUAAACCUUUUCGUUUAUUGCGGAUCUUUACAUUUGUCGCCAUCAUACCUAGGCGUUUUGUUUGAUUCGUCCUUUCCAUUCUUGCCUUUUUAAUAAAGGGCAAUCUUUGGUUGGUUGCCAAUAGCAUUGUUAUGGAAGCCAAUAGGUUUAUGUUUUUCAAUUAAAAUCCAGCCAAGCUGGAUUUCAAUUGAGAUUUUGAUCUUUUUAACACACAAUUGACUUUGACCUGUUUUAAAGUUGGACAGUGAUCAUGAUAAAGAUGGGGUUCUGUGAAACAUGGAGAGGAACCUUGGGCUUUUUCUUCCUAUGUUCGGGUUGAAAUUUAACGAGCAAGAGAUUUGCCUUCCGUCUGUUCUCUCUUUCUUGGCUGGAACUUCUUGAUGAGGCCCAUGAUAUGGUUGUUUAAGCAGUGGCGUAUCCAACUAGUGGAUUUUGUGGUCAUUGACGGUAGCCACAGUGCUUGUUUUUUUGGUUAAGGAAAGGCAUUGGACAUGUUGGCAAUAUAUUUAGCCCAUCGUCUCUUUCUCUUUUCUGAAAAAUUCUGCAAUGAAAUCUGUCCUUCGGAGACUAAUUUGGGGACACAAAACCAGACAUUCCGUGUCUGGUAGUAUCUAAUGUAGCGUCAGGAUGAUUAUAUGCUUCCUUAUAUUCAUGAGUUUGUUUUUUAUUUCUUCUUUAUUCGCCAAGGAAUGUUUUGGUUGCUUUUGGCAGAUUGCUUACUGCUAGGUUGGAUCAGAUGUCUUCCUGUGGAGGCACAUCUUCUGACUGUUGGACAGAUUUCUCGUUUAGUUUUCUUGUUCUUUGCCAUGACAGCUAUUCUGGGACAAGCUGGUGGAGGAAUUCCUAAUUCUUUCAUGAAUAAGACUGAUCACACCUGAUCAGUGAUUAAGUUUACAGAAAUUUGAUGAUUGAGAAUUACUCCUAGACGAGGAGAUCAUUUUUUGUUUGAGAUAUCUUAGAUGGGGAAAACAUUUUGGUCCCUACUAGUACUUUUCAGAAAUUAUCUGUAGAACGUUUCAGAAUGUGUCCCUACUGUUGGUGGCAAUUUGUGGAGUUUUCUAGAACAUAGUUUCCAAUCUGUACUAGGGAUUCUGAAAGUUCGCAUAUAUUGAUUCAUUGCCUAUGUUCACUUUAAAUGAAAAAUUAAUAUCUUCCUUUUCAGAAACUUGAAAAAUUAUUCUUAACACACUGCCAUUUCGGAAAACAUGAAAACAAUACACAAUUUAUUUCCCUGUCACUUUUCAUCUGAUUGAAAAGUCAAUAAUUUAUUGUGUAGCUUUUGGGGUGUGUUGAAAACUUUUAAAAGUUUAUUGCUGCAGCUUGCAAAGGAUUCAGCUCUCAAGCUUUGUUUACUGGUUUUCAUCAUCAUUUAUAUCUUUUUCUCUCUGUGGCAGAGCUCUCAAUUUUUGGUGCAUCAAUGGCUGGAGCAUGUGUUGGUUUCCUUUUCCACAAUCGCUAUAAGGCAUCAGUUUUUAUGGGUUAUACUGGAUCCUUAGCACUGGGUGGAGCACUUGCUGCUAUGGCUGCCUGUACAGGAAUGUUCUUUCCCUUACUUAUUUGCUCUGGUACUUUCGUCUUGGAAGUAUCUUCAAUGAUAGUGCAGGUAGGGUCGCAUUAAUAUCCCUUCUCUGUUUCCUUUAGAUGGGUUUCGAACGUUUAAGCUGAUGUUUAUUGCUCAUUUGACAUCUGAAGAAGUCAGCGUGCACCUGAGGGUGGACGUAAGAAUAGUUUUAUGUUGAAUGAAAUAGUUAGAUCCUGCGGUUAAAAUCCAAAGAUCUACUCCACUCAUUAAUAUUUGGUUUUCAUUUAGACAACCCUAUCAAAAAUACAAAUAAAAGUAGAUCAUCUCUUAACGUAACCAUGGUAAACAACUCGAGUUUUUGAACUACUGUAUACUUUUUAUUGGCUAACUAUGUUCUUAAUUCCCACUGGCUACACUGUGGUUGAAUUUAAUAUUGCCAAGAGCUUGUGUUUUGAUAGCCUGCUUUAUAUUUACUUUUGAACUGGUAAAUUUCCUUUAUGAAUAUACAGUGCUCGUAUGUUGCAGAAUCAAUGAGCGAAUUUAAUUCAUGUCUUUAUGUUAAUUUCUGUAUGCAUUCAUUUUUUUACAGACCCUUUAUCUAUCUCGUUUUGCCUUCUUCUAAAAACUGAAAAAAAUUAGGAAUAUCUGAAGCAAAGCUCUCCCGCUUUAUGGAGAAAAUAUCCUUAUUGCUAUUCUCUCCUUAGCUAACCUUGACUAUCGUCUUAUAGGUUUUAGUUAAACAAUCUUGGGAAAAAGCAAUACCAUCAUGCUGAAUUGAGGAAGAUGUGGAAAUAUUUUUGCAUAAUCUGAGUGUUUUCUAUUCUGUAUCAGGUUUGCUGCUGUAGGGCCUCCAAGCUCAUCUCUGGAACUGGGCAAAGCUUUUUCCAAACUACUCCAUUCCACCGCCACCUCGAGUUUUGUGGUUUCAAAGAAACGUCAAUUGUUGCAUGUUUUUACAUUCUGUCAUCAAUCUUGUGCCUUGUUGCUGGAUAUGUGGGACUGUCUUCUGCCUAA